GCGCAUGCGUGCGGCCUGGAAUGUAUCCAUUCUGCUGAGUGUAGCGAAGCUGCAGUUUGGCUCAUUCUCACUCUCUCUCACUUUCUGUCUCCUUUCAGUCAAACACAGGGCUUUCCCACGCCUGGACAAUUCCCACCGUCACUCUGCAGCUGACUGUUCCUUGUGAGUCUGUCUCAUCCUGGCUUUGCUCCAUUUGGAUGGUGUCUAUCUCUCCAAAGAGGAAGAUGAAUUUGUGGAGAAAAUCACCCAGGAGCUGGAAGGUUUCCUUACAAAAACUUCCGACGAUGAAAACAAAGUGCUGCUGUUGCCACCGCUGCCGAGCCGUUUGCGUUACCUGACCCAUCGCACUGUGGAAACGUUUCCCCAUUUGGACAGCUUCUCGGUGGGUGAGGGGGCAGCCAGGAGGACUGCUGUUUGUCUUGUUGGCAAGAGAUCACGCCCAGCUCCAAAUGAGAGGCAGGGCAGCACUGAGGUUCCGUCUCACUGGGCAGAACGCAAUGGCAGGGAGAGGCAGACAGAGGGAUCAGCAGCCCUUCGUGACAGGCCUUUGAGAUCCCAGAGGCUGCCUCCUGGCAACAGUAAGACAAGGAAGAGGCCAGAGAGAUCCCUGUACACUCCCAGGCCCUAUCACCAGUAUCAUGGGGAUCAAAACAGAGAUGUCCGCUCUCAUUCUGAAAGGGAGGUCACGGUCAUGGAAGGAAAAGGAGCUGCAAGAGAAGACAUGAUUGGUUGCAGCACUGUGACUAUUGCUGCUGCUGCUGAGGAGGUGGGAGAUGGACCGAGUGGCCAGGCUGUUCAGGACGUAAUCACACAGUGUGCCACAUCCUCUGGGAAUGUCGCUGUGAAGGAAGGAGGAGGAUUGUGCACUGCCUGCCCGGGAUUCCAGCCACUGGAAUCCCCAAGCCCUUUCCAAAAGGGGAGGCUCGGUGAUGGGAGGCUGAUGGCACAGCAGGAUCCCAGACUGGCGGAGGAGAGGGAGCGCUGGGCUGCUGGACAAGGAGCGGGUAUCAGCAGUCCAGCAUUGGGGUGCCCGCUGGAAGAUGUGAUGCCGUUGUCAGAGCCGGCUGUUCCAGAGCCCGGGGUUCAGUCAUUGGCACGGAGUCCAGGAGCAGAGGCACCUCAGCAGCCAAGCGGUGCCAACACCGCGGCUGGUCUGCAGCACUGCCAGCUGCCUCAGGGGAUGGAGGACUCAGUGCUGGCCGAGCAGGAAGCCAGUGGUAGCUGUACAGACGUGCUGCACAUCAAAGAGCUGACUGUCAGAGAACAGGGUGCUGCUGAGGUGGACGCUGAAGGUGAUGAGACAGCCUGUGGGUCUCCUGAUGACACAGCCGAGCUUCUCAGAGAGCUUUCAGCUUGCAUGGGGGAGAUCAACAUCACGAUCGAACAGCCAAACUCUGACUAUUCCACCUGCCUGCCACAGAAAGACCAGACGGCCUGCCUAGAGUUGAGGCACAUCAUCGAAAUCUAUGACUUUUCGCCACAGCUGACUACCGAAGAUCUCCAGCAGGCAUUUGCCACCUUUCAUGAUAAAGGCUUCCGGAUAAAAUGGGUGGACAGUACGCACGCUUUGGGAAUCUUCUCCUGCCCAGGUUCAGCCUCUGAGGCUCUGUCCCUCAGUCAUUCCCAGCUAAAGACAUGCCCGUUAGCUCAAGCAACCAAGCAGUCAAAGCUGAAGGUCGCCAGAAGCUCAGAGUUCCUGCAGCCAGUUAAAGAGAGAGCCCAGACCAGCACCGUGAUCGCCAAGAGGUUGGUGUUUCGAGCUCUGGGACUGCGAUUGAGUGACUGCAAGGAGCAGCGAGAGCCCAGGUUCAAGAAUCGGGGUCACAGGAAGGUUGAGCCAGACAAGGAGGCUGAAGAUGGUACUGUUGACACAGUGGAUUCCGCUGUUCGGGAAUGACCGUCAGACAGAGGAACUGAAGACCCCCCCACCCUGGCCUGGCCUGGUGAAGGUGACACAGACUGUGGGUUCACAGCAGACAGACUGCCAACCCCUUUGUAAAAGGGACCUGUGCACUUUGAUGCAGCAUUAAAGCUACCUGUAGCCUGGAGUCAU